AUGUCGUACAAAUAUAGCAGUAGAGAAUAUUGUUCACCUGUUUGUAUGAGAUGCGUGAAGUCGAAUGGGGUACGAGGAAGUGUUGAUACCGUGGGCGGGGAUACGGGACGGUGCGAGUGUCACACUUCGAUCGGGCAUCGACAUAAAUAUUCAGUGGAGCGAAAGAACAAUGCGGGUAGACAAACAACCUCCAUAUUGUCACCUGCACCAUGCAGCGCCCGCGGUACUGCAACCGAUGCUCCUGCUGAUCGCCAAAAUGUUGACGGCCAGCGGCGUUCUUCAUUUGCAAAACCCUCCCCAAAUGACAUAGUUUGGAUCCCCACCUCUCAACUUCUUCCCCGUUUUCAUGGCACUGACACCGGUGGAAGCAAUGAAGAGGAGGAGUACUGCCCAGUGACGAAGUGGCCAAAACCGCAAGAUAUUCCGUUGCCGUCGAUGAUUCCCCUCCCUUCCAGUGUUCUGCGCUCCCUUCCGCCGGAAAAGUCACAACCGCCAUCACAAUGGUCUUCCAUCCCCGUAAAUGAACAAACGAUUAAGAAAAAGCGGGGAUGUGACGGCCAGGGGUAUGAAGUCGCGGAACGGCCCGUAGCACCAAGUGUGAGAGUAGAAGGGCAUGUGUGUCCAUGUGAAAAGCGCAUGUUACAUACGUAUCCGAGCAACCGCGAAACGGCAGAAACACAUGAGGAGGCGGAGCAACAAAAGUGUGAUGUAAAAGAAUCUGAAGAAGAACCGGCCAAUAUCAACAACAACAACAACACUCCGGGACAAUAUAUUAAUGAGUGCUGUGACUCUGAUGAAACUCAAAAGUAUGACAGCGUACAGAUGUGGUGCCAGUCACUUCGGCAACCGACUCGUCGGUGUGAGCAGCCACCACCGCGUUCAAGAAAAUCGAGUGCUUCCCCUACAGCCGAGGGGUUUGCGGCUUGUGGCACCUCUCAGCACAGAUGUACGGCAACUCAUCCAGACGGUUCUUGCGAGAGGCGACGAGAUUCGGAGUUGCGUGGCGGUAGUGGCGCUCGCGAGAAUUCUUUACAUCCUCCUCGGAAGAGCGUGGAUAGCAAGGUUUCGAGGGGAACAAACAACAUUCACGCAAGAAAAUCUGAAACACGUAAAUUGCGUGAGGUUGUGAAUGUUAGAACCACGUCUUCUAAUUCAGAUACGGCUUCGGUGAGAAGUGAGCCGGAGGAGGUUUCCAGAGAUAGGGAAGAGAGGUUUCGGGUGCACCUGACAAACAUGGAUGAGUUGUAUCGACAUCUACUGAGCAGAUACGAUGAGUUCCAGAAAGAUCAUGCGGAUUUCUUGGAAAAAAAUGGCAGCUCGAGACGGGUUGUGGAUGAACAAACUGCGCAUCCACAGAAACUUUCCAUAAAGAAGGACACGGUUGACUUAGUAGAUGACAUACCCCCAUUACCUGAACGCGGGUACUCGGGUAAGUUAUAUCCGCUUUCUGAAGACUCUCAGAAACUUCAAGAGCAGUUGAUUAGCCUGGAGACGCGGUGGAAACAAACUGGAAGACCUAAAAAAGGAGGCGCGGAGGAACGAAUGUGGGGUCUGGCUGAAACUGCAGUGAAUGCAGAAAGGGACCGGAAGCAAACGCGACCACUGGCACGGCGCACAAAGACUCUCUCCGCCGAUCGGAAAUUUUCCAGCGGUCGAACAUAUGUGGUGAAAAAAGCAGAAAGUAAAGAAUCAAGGGGUAGAACUCAGAGUGUGAAGCGUGUUCCAACUGAUUCUAAAAUUGUCGGAACCACAAGGCACAUGUCUCCUCAGGGUGGUGCACGGCGCCGUGACGUCUCUCCACAGUUGGUCUACAACUUCCUCGCUGCUCAGAAAGACAAAAAUAGUGAGGAAAACGACGGCAACGGUGAGUGUGUAAGCGACAGUAGGGGUAGACACUUGGAUUUCACUAGGGAACAAGUUCUCCACCUAGUUCGUGAACGAAAGAUGUUAUUUAGUCGUGAAGAGAAAAAAUGA